AUGCUUUCGGGCUCAACCACUCAGGUCAUGACGCAUAGAUGCAGACACCGAGUCAUCCAGCCCCAGGUAGGGGCGCCGGAGGGUCGGAAGCUCAGCCCAGUGCUCUCAUGCCUCGCCACAUCCGCUAAGGCGGAAGACCUGCAGCAGUGGGCGGGCCUAUGGAUUGGCCUGGACCUGGCCUUGGACGCGCUGCACGCGUACCGAGCAGCCCGGGGCCCGUGGGACGUGGACGAGUUGUGGAGCGAAGGUGUGGACCAGUGGUGCGUACUCUUGGCAGCCAGUGCGACAUGGGAACACUUGGCCAGCGCGUUCACGGAUGCGGUCCGCGUGGCCAUGGCGGGCGUCACGACGGGGACCAGUGCAGGAACGCGGCCUUUCGUGCAAGACAUCCCGUUUACAGCUUCCUCACGCGGCCAUUGUGUGCAGAUCGCGAGGGACGCCCAGCCGGUGCGGGGCAUUGAUUUCGUCGACUCCUGCCACUGGCUGAGCAUGGGCCGAGACGGAGGGCCCCUGGCACAGGCCCGCUUGCGGGCGUGCGCGGAGGCCGGCCGCACCCAAGGCCGCUGCUUGUCUUGA